AUGCUCCGUUGGCAUAGGACGGCGUCCGCCAUGAUCUCGCUCCUAGGAGCUUUCACCUACCUCGCAUUUGCCAUUCAGCUCUUUGCCUUGUGGCGUUCCGUAAAGUGGGAUUCGGAGAGUGAGUGGGAGGGGUCGGCCGACUCGUGGACAACAAAUGGGGUCAAGUUGGUCGGUGGACUUUCGGUCGCCUAUUUUGUUUCUGGAGCAGUGGCCAGUGCCGUUGGUUUCAUCGGGAUUGUCAAGGUACGCAGGUCACGCAUCCCGCCAUACAUUCGCUUUUACCGCGACUACGCCGUCGCCGAUUUUGCCUUUUGUGCACUCACGACGCUCUCUGUUACGUAUGCGUCAUUCCGUUAUUAUUCUUUCCGCACAGACAUAUGCGAAGAGUUGUCGAGACACGCGGACCUCAUGCGGGACUUGGCGGAAAGCGGUCUCAGUCUGGAGAACUGUGAACAGUGGUUCGAGAGGGCCGUCGUCGCCUUUGUCGCCGUCAUGACGAUCAUCAUCGUCAUUCGAGUCAGUCCCGUCGCUGUACAUGCUAUCUACCUUGCGUCUGACUCCAGGAUGUGUGUCUUUUUGCAGAUACAUCUUGUGAUCGCGGUGUCGAAAUACUACUCGCAAGUUUCAAGACUGCACAGCGGGCUUCCCGUAUUCACAUCCAUCGGAGGUUACAAGGAUGACAGCUCUAUGCAUCGUAUCUACCUUCUUCCUAGCCCGACAUCUCCGACAGCAUCCUCAUGUCCGCCGGGUAGUACGCCCGCGCCGACCGCAGUCGUGUAUGCUCCAGUGCCCCUGCGCGACCUUUCUGAGCGGGAUGCACGGGAACUGAACGCCAGAGAAGCGUGGAUACACGCAGCUUCCCAUCAACCAACGCGUCAGCACCGUCGCUCACACUCGCGGUCACAUCGGCAUGGGUCUUGGUCUGGACGGAUCGGGCUUGCGUCUCGUCCCAACGAGGGGCUGCUCCCGUCUGGGCCCGAGAAAUGCAAGGAUUGAUUCUUCUCGGUAUUACUUGUCGCUCGAUUCCCUGCGGUCUCUCCUAACUUGGUUCGCUCGCAUGUCUAUCUCGUUACAUAUUUGGGAUCCCUCCUUGUCCGUUCCAUAGUGUUGUAUUUUGACUGCUAGACCGUAUCCAUCCGGAUGUUAUUAUAUGAUUCGUUUACGAUCC